AAAUUCAAUCCAGGACCGCUGGUUGUAUCUGAAGACGCGAAGAAUCGAGAUCAAGAUGGUGGGUCAGUUGACGGUGACGAAACCAAGCCGGAGCGACGAUGUCUUGGACCCUGAUCAACAGCAAAAAAUCACCGCCCAGGUCAGGGCGCAGUUGGAUUCCCUGGCCCCCAAACGACCCGCCAAACCCAACAGAAGCGAACCCGACUCCACGUCCCCUUCCGCCACAGCCCUGCCUCCCGGCGUAGACCAGACCAUACCUGAGCUCAACAAGCUGCGAUCUCUCCAAUCCCAGUUUCCUGUGAAAAUUUCGGUUGAUGGAGAAUUGGAGGUGCCAGAUGAGUUUGUGGAGACAGAAUACUAUAGGGAGCUGCAUUCCAUAGACAAACAGCACCACACGACUGGAAAUGGGUUUAUAAGGGUGUCAAAGGAUGACGGCGAAGAGAGUGGAAAUGAUAUUGAGCCGGAAGUCAGCCCUGUUCCGGAAAACAUAGUCGUCAGACGACCUUUGGGUAGCAACCCUGCAACAAAUGACUGGAUUCCCAGUGUUGAAGAAAAUCAGGUAUCAAGAUGGGAUUGUAAUUGAUCCAAAUAUCUCAUGGUAGUAUUGUUUUGUUCAUCGAUUUUGAAACGAACGCAGUUGUUUUCUCUGUGAUCAGGUCUUCGUUUCUUCCAAGCCAAAUAGGAGCGAGGGUUGUUAGAUUAGUGGAUGGAACGAUAGAAAUGCCCACCAAAUUACAUUGUUUUUGUGUUGUAAUUGUGUAAUCAGAUAAGGAUGGAUUUGGUGGGAUGCUUCAUGCUUGCAAAUUUUUUAAUAAUGAAAUUGACUUGGAAUUAAAUUAUUCAAGCACUU